UUUUCAGACUUUGAAAAAUACCUCCCAGGUAGUUGAUUCCUUGGAUGUUCGAGACAGGGAUGCAAUACAGACUUUAUUAGGAAAACAAUUGCAGUUGGCAAAUUGGGAAGAUGAGCAAGGAUUAAAGAUUAUCAGCUGUAGCAGAAAUAUGGAGUGAUUGGAUCAUCCAUGGCAUUAUUAAAUGGCAGAACAGGCUCAAGGGGUAUGUUCAUGAUUGGUGGAUGGGCCUGCUGUCACUGUCCCAGCCUUCCUGAGCUAAAGAGAAAAAAUACAGCUAAAGAUCUCUGCUCCUGAUUUGCCAUCUACGAGGGCCCUGACUGAAAGUGCAGUGUUUGGACACAUUCCUGCAUGGAUAUCAAGUGGGGAGAGGAUCACAUCCAGCUACGUUGGUUGGAAAUGUUUUGCCUACACUCAAAGAUUCCAGGCACUUGGCUUCUGCUCCCGAUUGAGCCACAGGUUGCAGGGAGGCUUUGUCUUUUCAUCGAUUUAGAUGACACAUUGAUUCACAGUUACUUCAAGCUAAUCGGCAAUGCUGACUUGAUCGUUCCUGUUGAAAUUAAAAGAGUGACCCAACAGAUCCCAGGAUGUUUAUCGUUACUCUUUGAGUGAAGACAGUCUCACCUUUAUCUCCCAUCUUAUAAGGUUUCAGACUGUCUUGGUGGAUAGCACUCAUCAUUUAUUUCAUUGCUGCUGUGAGAUCUUGUUUCCUACAUUACAACAAUAACUAUGCUUCAAAAAGACUUCAUUGGAUGAAAAGUGCUCGUGGACAUCCUGAGAUAAUGAAGAGUACUGUAUAAAUGCAAAUUUUUCCUUGUCGCUCCCUGAUUUUAACUUGUGCUGCUUAUUGUUUGACCUUUUUGCAAUUUUUGUGAAUGUAAUUAUAUAUUUAGAGAAACUAUAACAACAAGUUUUUAUUUUAAAAACCCACAAGUUAGGAGAGAGGUGCUGGACCUAUUAACUAACAGAAUCUUAUGAGGAGACAAGGAGAGCAAUUGAUGAAACACAGACCUGGAACAGCCAGUACCAGGACACAGGGGAAAAAAGAGCCAUGGCACUCAGCAUUCAGCCAGAUGGUAGAAAGUCCACAAAUUGUUUGCAUGCAGAUAAUACACAGAUAGCUAGCACACAAUAAGCAACCAGCUUGCAGACAAAUCAGUGAUUGCCUGGCCAGUAAGCUUACAACCAGCUGGUGAACCCACAAUGAGCUUGCAGUCAGGUUACCAACACCAGCGGACCAUGGGGCUCAGCUCCCCAGGUUUUGGAGGCAUGAGCUGCAGGAUUAGGAGUAAUGGCAGAACAGGACCAGGCAGUCAGAACAGUGAUGAAAACUUCGCACUCUAGUGCCUUAAGACGUUCACUGAGAUGAUUCUACCACUCUGGCUCCCAAUUCUAGAACCAAAUUCAAAAGUUAACAGCUUGCUGUUAUUUUCUUCCGUGUGUGUUAUUGUCUCAAAGUCUGGUGGGGGAGGAAUUUGGCAACAUGUCUUUGCCAUAACUGCGUUAGUUCAAUUCAAAAUCUUGACCACUUCAACAAGAUCACAUUUCCAGAGAAAAUAAGCUAUUCCUUCUGAACUUUAUCACAACUACUUUAUACUGCUCCCAGGUAUCAGAAAUUAAACUGCUUAAAGCUAAAAUCCUGUAACCAGGGACAGUUGAGGUUUCUUCAAUCUGGCUUGCUUUAUUUUUCAUUAGUUGACACUUGACAGUGUAUUGCUGUUCUUCCCACCUACUCACCUGAGGCCGCUUGUGACCCUCAUUCUUCAAAGGAAAUCAACAGCUGCAGUGCAUUAAACAUACUCUCCACCUUGAUUAACCUCUGAGAAUUCUUUGCCUUAACCAAUUUUAUUUGAAAUUUGCUUUCUUCCCUGAUAAAACAGGAAAAUAGCUUGUACAAAGGAGUAACUCUCAAAGAAAGGGCUUUGUAGUUUUUUGUAUAGUAAUGUUCUUAAACUGCACAUAAUACUCCAGCUGGAGUCUGGAAAGCACCUCAUGCAGCAACAGUAGAACCUCUUAAGACUUUUACUCUAUUCCUUGGCCUGUGUAACCUAAUUGUAUACAAUUUUACAAUAAAAGAAUGUUUGCAUUU